GUUCUCAAUGACAACCUUUCCUCCAGUUCCUGUGACUCGUACAAGACUUGCGGUCUUAGCCAGGGAGAAACUGCCAUGCUCUCCAGGAACAGUUCCAAGGGCCCAGUUGAUCAAAGAGAAAGAUGACAUAGACCAUUACCUGGAGAAGAACUUCAAAGGACUGUCGAAGGAGGAGGUUGCUGCCCACAGGAACUCGUACAAGAAGAGCAUCUGUGUGGACAUGCUGCGUGAUGGCUACCACAAGUCCUUCACCGAGCUCUUCUCUCUGAUGGAGCAGUGGGACGCUCUGCGUCAUGCUGCAGAGGUGCGGUCCCUCUUCUGGCUGCAGAGGCCUCUGGAGGAACAGCCAGACAAGCUGGACUAUUUCUACCACUAUCUGACUAGGGCCGAGGCUGCCGAGAGGCAAGAAUACUAUGAAGAAGUGUAUAACAACUUGUAUGCUCUGGCCUGUUACUUCGACAAUUCUGAAGACAAGUGGGUGAGGAAUCACUUCUAUGAACGGUGUUUUAACAUUGCUCGGCUCAUCAAAGCUGAUGGUGGGAAGAAAGAGGCUGAGGCUCAGGCUCACAUGGGCCUUCUGUUCGAGGAAGAGGGUGAGCUUCUGGAAGCUGCCCAGCAUUAUGAAGCAUUCCAUGAGCUGACACAGGGGCGGAUAUGGAAGGAUGAGACAGGUCAAUUUCUCAACCUGCUGGCCUGUGAAAGUCUCGUGAGGACCUACAGAUUGCUCUCAGACAGAAUGCUGGAGAACAAAGAAUACAAACAGGCCAUCAAAAUUCUAAUAAAAGCUUCUGAAAUAGCCAAGGAAGGAAGUGACAGGAGCAUGGAAGGGGAAGCUGCUCUCUACCUGGGCUCAGCCCACUUGGCUGCUGGAGAAUAUGAAACUGCACUCACAGUGCUUCGCAGGUACAGUGAAAUUGCCACAAGCAUGGGCGAUGAUCUUAACCUGGGGAGAGCCUACGAGGCCAUCGCCAAAGUCCUGCAGAGCCAAGGACAGAUGACAGAAGCAAUUAAUUAUCUGGAAAAGGUUGUGGAAAUUGCAAGAAACAACUUCCAAAGCCUCGAUGUGAUACGAGCAUGCACGAUGCUUGGCGACAUCUACAAUGAAAAAGGGCAAUACAGCAAGGCUUCCGAGUACUUCCAGCAAGCCUUCAGUACCACCAUGGAUCUCAUGAAAACAGCACUGAUGGAUGAAACCAAAGUGCAUUAUGGGAUAGCCAGAGCCCACCAGAUAAUGUUCACUAUGAAGAGUUACAUCGAAUCUGCAGAUAUGGACAGCCUCAACUGCCUGCUGUCCUGGAAGGAGAGCAGAACUCAAGUAAAAUAUGACCCGAUUCUGGGAGAGGCUAGGAGAGCCACAGAGGAUGACAUAUAUCAAUACCCAGAUAUUCAGGAAGAAAUAAUAAGAUCUCCAGAUAAUCAAUAAAAUGAAACUUAAGUGGCUCAACAUCAAGGCAAGAAGAAAUUUAGCGCAUAGCCUUAGACUUCAUUUGGUCAGAGUGGGUAAGAAGUAAUAUACAGCUAGAGAAAGACUAGGAUUGUUUCUAUUGAAUGUUUGCUGCAGUGACCAUGGAAAGUUUAUGAAGAUGAAGAGCUUGCAUCAUUAGAAAGAUCAACAAUUACUCAUAAAAUAAACUCUAAAACAUUUCCUCUUACACACUACUCCACAUGAAGUCAUGGCAUCCAAGAAUCAAAUUUUAAUUAUUCCUGAUUGUAAAAUAUUUUCAAGUUAAAGAAAUCUUUUGUGCUGAAUAAAUGCAUGAUAAUAUUCGCUAAAAUUCCAGGGAG